AUGCUCUUGACUCGUGCCUUAACCUUACUCAAGGGAUCUCAUCAGGGUCUAGAACAUUUGUGGAGUGUUCAAUGUCGAUCCAUAUCGAUUUUGUCGCAAUUACAGCCGUCAGAAGGCUCUACCAAAACGUACAAAAGAGUGGGUCGUGGUCCUUCUUCAGGCAAAGGUAAGACGUCUGCUAGGGGUCAAAAGGGUCAAAAGGCCCGUGGAAAAGUGAAGUCGUGGUUUGAAGGUGGUCAAACGCCCAUUUAUAAGCUUUUCCCAAAAAUUGGGUUCACCAAUGUCACAUCUUUGGAGCUGAACGAACUCAACUUGGAUCGUGUAAUGUGGUUUCAUCGUAAGGGUCGUUUAAAUUUGAAGCCCAACGAGUUGCUCGAUAUGAAGAAAAUGAAGGAUCUCGGACUUGUCACCGGCUCUAUCAAAGAUGGUGUCAAGCUGUUGGGCGACGGGAAAGAGUAUUUCAAUCUUCCGUUGAAGAUAGAGGCCACACGGGCGUCCAAAGGUGCUAUUAAAGCUCUGGAGCGUGCAGGAGGAGAGUUUACGGCCAGAUACUACAACAAACUGGGGUUGAAGGCGCAUUUGAGUCCACGUUGGUUUUUGGAAAAAUAUGGACGUAUCCCACUACAGGCCAGACCUGUCAAAAGAAAAGAUAUUGACUAUUACAGUAAUCCACUCAAGCGUGGGUAUCUGAUCAAAGAAAAUGACCCUCUUUUGCAGCAGAUUCAAGAAGCCAGAGCCGGUGGUCAUCAGACCUUGGCUCGUAAGGCCGCGAAAAAGACCGCUUUGGAGUUGCAGCUAGAAAAUUCUGAAAGCGAAGCCGCCCAUAGCACUCAAUCCGUUCAGUCACAGAUUAUAACCGUGGAAAAUCUGCGGUAA